AUGUAUAUAAAAUGUUUCUUUUAUGUGAUACAAAUAUUAUUUAUAAUAUUUUUAAAAUGUCAUGGUUAUAAAAUAAAAUGUUUUAACAUAUUAGACUUCAGUAAAAAGAAUUAUUAUUCUUUUAGAGAAAAUAUUAAUUGUGAGCUUAUAAAAAAUAACGUAAAUAAAAAUAAUUUGUCAAAUGUUUUAUUAAGAAGAAGGAAAAAAAAAAAUGCACUUGCUAAAGAAUUGUAUGUUUCAACGUUCAAAGAUAAUUACAAAACACAUACCAAUUUCAUAAGAACAAAUAUAUUCUUAGAAGAAGAUAAACAAAUACAACAAUGUAAUAUAAAUAACAUUAUAAAUAAUAAUGUGGACAUUCAAAGAAAUGAUGAAAAAAAUAAAAUUUUAAAUAAAUAUCAAAUGGAUGAUAUUAAUAUAUUAUAUAUCCUUCUUCUUAAUACAUCAAUAAUAUAUAAGAAGAAAUAUGAUUUUUUUAUGAACAAAAAAUAUAUAAGAUAUUAUUAUGAUAUUUAUAAGAAUAAUUUAGAAAGAGAUAAAAAAAUAUAUAAUAUUAAGAAGUACUUUAUAAAUAAAUUUAGUAUUAGUUGGUAUAAUACAAUAAAACCAUAUAUGAAUAAUAUAUUUUUAGAAAUUUUAAAUAUAAUAGAAAAUACACUGGGUAAUAAAAUAUUUUAUAUAGAUAUAAAACAAGAAUUAAGUAAGAAUAAAGAUGAAAUUAUAAAUACCUUAUAUGAUAUAUAUAAAACAAAUUUUACAAAGUGUGACAAAAAACCUAUCAAAUUAUUAUUUAUCGGAAGUAAUGAAUAUAGUAAUUUAUGUUUCAAAAUUAUUUUAUUAAUAAUUAAAAGAUUAAGAAAUGAUAUUAUUUUAGAUAAUGUUAUUACUAAAAGUCCAAGAAGAAAAGGAAGAAACUUGAUUUUAAAAAAAUCCAACGUAGAAGAUGAAGCGAUAAAAAAUAAUAUUAAUGUUUUUUAUUAUGAUAAAUUAAAAAAUAAUAUACAUAUGCUACAGAAUAAAGAAAUUGAUUUAUGUAUUUCGAUAUCUUUUGGAGAAAUAUUUAAUUGUAAUUUUUUUAAAACAAUUAAAUCUAAUAUAUUUUCAUUACAUCCAAGUCUAUUACCUUUUUAUAAAGGUGCAUCUCCUAUACAAAGGAGUUUAUUAAAUAAUGAAAUAUUAUAUGGAUAUACUGUAUUUCUAACAACCUUAAAUAUAGAUUCUGGAAAUGUUAUAAUGAAAAAACCUUUUUGGUUUGACAGUAACUAUAAUUUUAAUGAUAUAAUUACCAUAUUAUUUACACAAGGUACAUUAUCUUUAAUAAAAAAUAUUUCGUACUUGGCAAACUAUAAUAAAGAUAUUUCAGAUACACAUAUAUAUAAUAAUAAUAUAUAUGAGGAAACAAAUAAUUUAAAUCCUUCCCAUGGGCAAAAUAAAAAUGACAAUGAAAUUAAUAUACACAAUUCAAAUUUGGAUAAUAAAAAUAAUUCAAGGAAUAAUAUAUUACCAUGUAAUAUUAAUAAUGUGCAAAAUAAUUAUAAUAAUAAAAUGUAUAUACAAAAUGAUUAUAAUAUUAAUAAUAAUUAUGCACCUAAAAUUAAAAAUGAUGAAAAGUAUAUAUGCUUUUUUUGUUCUACAUCAUUAUUUAUACACAAUAAAGUAAGGAGUUUUAUAAAUUGGCCAAAAGCAGAAUGUACACUUUUCCUUCUUCAAAAUGAAGUUAUAAAACCCUUAGAAGUUAAAAUUAUUAAAUCAUCUUAUGAUUUAAAUAAUAAUUAUAAAUUUAUAAAAUAUGAUAAAUUAAUAAAUACUCAUCAUCAUCAUACAUGUUUUGAUAAUAUUCCACGUAACUUUGUAUACAUUCAAAAUGAUUCUUUAAAUAUAUUAUGUAAAAAUAAUACCUUACUUAAAAUUUAUAAACUUCAACAAAAAAAUAAAAAAAUUGUUGAUGCUUUGUCAUUUAUUAAUAGUAUUAAUAAAUGUUCCCUAUUAUAUUAA